GUGCACUUGUUACCAGGACACCAGGCCGGAGUUCGAGUGAGUUGGCUCCGAUGGUGGGGGAAAAUGCCGGUCCAACCUGGCAGACAAAAACGUAUUGUGAGGGGUUUGUUGGGAGCAUCUGGCGGAAUCCCCUGUCAGAAGGAGUUUCAACUCCCACCUCCGACAGAGCUUUUCCCAUGUUCCGGGGGAGGCGGGGGACAUUGAGUCCGAGUGGACCAUGUUCCGUGCCUCUAUUGUUGAAGCGGCCAAUCUGAGUUGUGGCCGUAAGGUGGUUGGUGCCAGUCGUGGCGGCAACCCUCGUACUCGCUGGUGGACACCAGCAGUAAGGGAUGCCAUCAAGCUGAAGAAGGAGUCCUAUCGAGCCUUUAUGGCCUGUGGGACCCCAGAGGCAGCUGACGGGUAUCGACUGGCCAAGCGGAACGCAGCUUUGGUGGUCGCCGAGGCAAAAACCCGAGCAUGGGAAGAGUUCGGUGAGGCCAUGGAAGCCGACUUCCGGACGGCUUCGAGGAAAUUCUGGUCCACCAUCCGACGUCUCAGGAGGGGGAAGCAGUGCACCACUAACACUGUGUACAGUGGGGAUGGGGCGCUGCUGACUUCGACUCGGGACGUUGUGAACCGAUGGGCAGAGUACUUCGAAGACCUCCUCAACUCCACCAACACGUCUGCCUUGGAGGAAGCAGAGCCCGGGGACUCUGAGGUGGGCUCUCCUAUCUCUGUGGUUGAAGUCACCGAUGUGGUUAAAAAACUCCUCGGGGGCAAGGCCCCAGGGGUGGAUGAGAUCCGACCGGAGUUCCUCAAGGUUCUGGAUGUUGUGGGGCUGUCCUGGUUGACACGCCUCUGCAACAUCGCGUGGUCAACGGGGAGAGUGCCUCUGGAUUGGCAGACCGGGGUGGUAGUCCCUCUUUUUAAAAAGGGGGACCGGAGGGUGUGUUCCAACUACAGAGGGAUCACACUCCUCAGCCUCCCUGGUAGGUAUAUUCAGGGGUGCUGGAGAGGAGGGUCCGUCAGGAAGUCGAGCCUCAGAUUGAGGAGGAGCAGUGUGGUUUUCGUCCCGGCCGUGGAACAGUGGACCAGCUCUACACCCUUAGCAGGGUUCUCAAGGGUAUGUGGAAAUUCGCCCAACCAGUCUACAUGUGUUUUGUGGACUUGGAGAAGGCGUUUGACCGUGUCCCUCGGGGAGUCCUGUGGGGGGUGCUUCGUGGGUAUGGAGUACCGAACCCCCUGAUACGGGCUGUUCGGUCACUAUACCACCGAUGUCAAAGUUUGGUUCGCAUUGCCGGCAGUAAGUCGGAAUCGUUUCCAGUGAGGGUAGGACUCCGCCAAGGC